GUUCGUGUAUGUGAAUUCCCAGUGAGGACGCUGACAGAAGCAAUGAACCGCUCGCCAUGUGACAUGCAGCAGUGCCCACGGGAUUGGCUGAGCUGAACGAUGACCUCAGCAAGCUAUCCUCCCUCCCUUCCUCUCUCCCUUCCUCUCUCCCUCCCUCCCUCCCUCCUUCUCUCUCUGUCUCUCUCCACUCUGCUUUUUUUCCUGCCCUCUUUUGAGCAUCCUUUGGUGAUCGUGUAGACCACAGCCGCAGUGGCUAGCAGCAGCAUCCAUGGCCUAAACGUGAAGCCCUAAAACAUCCACCGGCCCGUCGUACCAGGGACACGGGACUUAAAAGCUGAGGCUGGAAGUGUGCUCUGUUUUUUUUUUUUUUUUUACAUCUCUCCAUCUGGUAACCAGGGGCUUCUCUUCUCCCCUCUUCCCGUUUCAGGCUCCUUGGAGAUAGAGGAAUGCAAAUCUGCAAUCAUGAUGGAAGGAUUGAAAAAACGCACCAGGAAGGCCUUCGGGAUACGGAAGAAAGAAAAGGACACUGACUCUACGGGGUCACCAGACAGAGAUGGUGGAGAGCCCCAAGAGACUGAAUUGCCACAGAAAAAGACCAACGGGGCUCCAAAUGGCUUCUACGGGGAGAUUGAUUGGGAUAGAUAUAACUCGCCUGAGGUAGAUGAAGAAGGAUAUAGCAUCAGGCCAGAUGAAGAAGAGGAAGCAGCCCCUAAAGAAAAGUCUCACUUUUUCUCCUCUAGUGAGUCUGAAGAAGAGGAGGACCACCGCAAAAAGUUUAAGAUUAAAAUCAGACCGCUGCCAGCAGAAGCUAAUAUUGCAGCUCCCUCAGUAGAUGAAUUAAAAGCCUCCAUAGGCAAUAUAGCUCUGUCUCCCUCGCCUCUGAGGAAUAGUCCGAGACGUAGCCCGGGGCUGGCAAAAAGAAAUCCCAGUGAAGAAAUUGCACGACCGAGACGAGCUGUUCCAACGCCUGCACCAGCUCCUGCCCCUUCCCCGACACCUGCACCUACACCCCCUCCUGAGCCUGCUAGUAAUAAGAAAUCUCCAGUGCCAGAGGAUGCAACAGCCUUAUUCGGCCCUCCGCUGGAGACAGCCUUUGAUGAGCAGAAGACCAGUGAAGUGGUGAUAGAGGAACCUGAGGUUUGGGGUGCACCCCUGCCUGAGCAACACCUAGACUCCUCUCUGGCAAGACCUUUUCCUACAGGAACUCUGCCUCCGCUUCCGCCUAAGAAUGUGCCGACCUCCCCCCCUCCGAUAGAAUCUCCUGCUACAGAACCUACCGAUGGGCAGAAAGAAGAGGAAAAUUCAAGGCAGACCUCGCAGAGGCCCUCUAUAGCUGAUCUAGACAACCUCUUUGGCCCAGAAGAUUCUCCAAAACCUGGUCAAGAUGUUGAAGAUAAGUGGGUUUGCUUCAAUGAUGAGUCACCUCAAAGACCUCCUCCUCUUUCAGUGGGAGAGCCAGCACCUCCACUCCCCUCAUCUCCACCUCCCCCAGCAGAACCAGCACCCCCAUUACCUAAAUCACCCCCUCCAUCAGAGGAGCCGAAUCCUCCUUUACCAAAAUCUCCAGCUCCUCCUGCAGAGCCAGCACAUUCUCCUCCUUCCAUUGAGUCACCAAAGGAUAACCUCCCACCUGUUCCCAAAGACACCACUCCUUCUCCUCCAACUGUCCUGCCUCCUCCGGUUGAAGAGGCCCCACCACCACCGAAACCAGAUGAUCUUUCUCACUCCAACACAGACUUUGGGCCAUGUGCUCCUCUGAUAGAGACCCAAUCAGACUCAAUCAAUAGCCCGCCAACCACUGUAGAGACAAGUGAACGCACAGUCCCUCCACCCUUGGUUCUGAACCAAGAGGACAAGAAGAGCCCUGAGGAGACCUCAUCAAAAGAGGACCCAAGUGAGAACAGCGCUUCACCCAAAGAGACUGGUCAAGGACCAUGUUCGACACCUCCUCCUCCUCCACCUCCAACAUACAGGGCGGUAGUGACAUCCCCAGGGCCCAUCCCUCCAGCUGGUACGAGUGGAAAUGAAAGUGGCUCCUCCUCCCCUGCACGUCCCUCUUCGCCAUUGGCUACCAGCAGCUCCCCCCCUCCCCCUCCCCCACCUAGGCCACCCUCACGACCCAAACUGCCACCUGGGAAACCAAGCAUAGGGGACGUGAAUCGGCCGUUCAGCCCCCCUGUACACUCGUCAAGCCCCCCUCCUCUGGCUCCGUUGGCCCGUGCAGAAAGCACCUCUUCAAUCUCCUCCACCAACUCUCUGAGUGCUGCCACCACUCCCACCGUCGGUAAAGAGCUCUCCGUGUCUGUGUCAGGUGUGACUCCAUUUCCCAUCAUUUUCUCUGCUUUGCCAUGCUGCUUUGUCUUUAUGUGUCUGCUCUGGAAAUUGCCUUUCAAACUAGAAUUUGGCGAUACAAGGCUAAGGUGUGUGGUGAAGAUCACCGGAGAGAUGGUGUUGUCCUUCCCAGCAGGCAUCACACGGCAUUUUGCAAAUAACCCCUCGCCUGCUGUGCUAACCUUCAGCAUAACCAACUACAGUCGUCUGGAACACGUCCUUCCUAACCCUCAGUUACUGUGCUGUGACACCACACAGCCCAAUCCCAACUCAAAGGAGUUCUGGGUGAAUAUGCCAAACCUGAUGACCCAUUUAAAGAAGGUGGCGGAACAGAAACCACAAGCAACUUACUACAAUGUAGACAUGCUGAAAUAUCAGGUGUUACCGAAGGGUCUACAGUCCACUCCUCUAAAUCUAGCAGUGAGCUGGAGGUGUGAGCCCACCAGUACUGAUCUGAGGAUAGACUACAAAUACAACGGUGGUGCCAUGACCACUCCUGUUGCCCUCAACAAUGUUCAGUUCCUCAUCCCUGUGGACGGAGGUGUCAGCAAACUGCAGGCUGUGCUUCCUCCAGCUGCCUGGAAUGCAGAACAGCAGAGAAUCUUAUGGAAAAUUCCAGAUAUUUCUCAGAAGUCUGAGAAUGGAGGUGUGGGAUCUCUGCUGGCCCGUUUCCAGCUAUCAGAGGGUCCCAGUAAACCCACUCCGGUGGCAGUGCAGUUCACCAGUGAGGGCAGCACUCUGUCAGGCUGUGACAUUGAGCUGGUUGGCCUUGGAUAUCGUUUUUCCCUCGUCAAGAAGAGGUUCGCAGCAGGAAAAUACAUGACAGACAACUAAACGACACCAUGCAAGUCUGCAUAUUUUGGACCAAUUCUGAAUAUUUAAAACACAGGACAU